UGAUUGAAUUGUAGUGAACUUGGCGUUGGUGAGGAAUGUGCGUUUGGGCCUCUUGAAUGUAGCACAGUGUUACUUUGUACAGUGUUAUGUAACACUGCUGCUGCUUGUUAGUUUGUUGCGAGAAGCAGAAGUGCAACCAAACUCAGCCAUGCGAGUAGCGAUCAUCGGAGCUGGGGUCAUCGGCCUUUCCACAGCCCAGAGCAUUUAUGAGCAUUACCAUGACAAAGUCAGUCCCUUGAAUAUAGAUGUCUACGCAGACGUUUUUACUCCUCUGACCACCAGCGACGGAGCAGCAGGACUGUGGCAACCGUACCUCUAUGAUAAAGGCAACGUCCAGGAAACAAAAUGGAACAAAGAAACAUUUGAUUACCUUCUGAGUUUCCUCAGCUCUCCUGAAUCUGUUAAAAUGGGAAUAUUCCUGCAGUCUGGCUACAACCUGUGCACCAAACACGUCCCGGAGCCAUCAUUUAGGGAUAUUGUGUUGGGUUUUCGGGAACUCACCCAGCGUGAGCUCGAUAUGUUUCCUGGAUACAGCUUGGGUUGGUUUAACACUGCUAUAAUGCUGGAAGGGAAGACGUAUCUGCCCUGGCUCAUGAACUGGUUAUCAAAAAGAGGUGUGAAGUUUCACCACAGAAAGAUCCAUUCAUUCCAGGAGCUGGCAGAAAGUGGAGCAGACAUCAUCGUCAACUGCUCAGGCGUUCGAUCAGGUGACCUCCAACCUGAUCCUGAGCUCACUCCAGGCCGAGGACAGAUCAUCAAGGUGGACGCUCCGUGGAUAAAGCACUUUAUUCUGACACACGAUUUCACAUCAGGAGUUUAUAAUUCACCGUACAUCAUCCCAGGGAGUCGUCUAGUGACUGUUGGAGGAAUUUUCCAAGUGGGAAACUGGAGUGAGCAGAACAAUUCUAUCGACCACAAAAGCAUUUGGGAGAGAGCCUGUGCACUGGAGCCCAGCUUACAACACGCUCGCAUAGUGGAGGACUGGACGGGUCUCAGACCUGUACGCAGUAAAGUCAGGCUGGAGAGAGAGACCAUCCGCUCCGGACCCAGCGUGAUUGAGGUGAUCCAUAACUACGGUCACGGGGGCUUUGGGCUGACGAUCCAUCGUGGCUGUGCUGAAGAAGCUGCCCGUCUUUUUGGCGAGAUUCUGCAGCAACAAGCCAAAACUAAAUCUCGACUCUAAUUCGACAGUCUUAUUAGAUGUUACUCGCCUGUUCUAAUUAGUUAAUCUAUAAUCAAUGAUCUGUAUCAGUCCAUAAUUUAAAUCUAACUUUGCUAGUGAAAACUUUGCAUCACAGCAAUGUAAAAGAAUCCUAAUCCUAAAUCCUACAUCGUUUAACUCCAUUGAUGCCAUUCCUCUUUUAAAGUCACCUUAUGAAAUGCAGGAUUAAACACUCUAAUGAUGCAGUAAAUAGAA